UUCUCCGUUACAUUUCUCCUCUAAUUUAUUCCGAUUCUGAAUACUGUAUAGUAAACGUGUCAUAAAUUAUUAAUGUUUUAAGAGAGGUUAAAACAUGUCGUAUGAUGAGGUAGAUGUCGUACGAAUAAACUCCACAAAUAAACCCGAGCCCAGAGCAGAGCCCUAGCUUAGCUCCAGCUUCAGCUAUCCGCGUCCAUCCAUGGAUCCCAAGUACGGAAUCAAAUCAUGUAUUAAUCUCCAUCACCAUCACCAUCACCAUCACCACCACCAUCACCAUCACCAUCAUCAUUUCCACCACCAUCAUCAUCACAAUCAAUUAUUCUUCUUGCCUCAUCACCACCACCACCACUGCCACCGCCAUGUAUUCCCUAAUUGUGCUUCUUUACCCAAAACCCUAGAACCUUUGGGUUCCCAUGUUCAUAUCCCCAAUAAUGAUAUAGUGGAGGCUUCAGAAAAUGGAGGAGUAGUCGUAGAUUCUUCUCCUCGGGUGUUGCAGGAGGAAGAGGAUUAUGGGUUAGAAGAAGAGGAAGAAGAUGAGCUUAUUUUUGUGAUGACUGAUGAGUGGAGGGACUUCUUUGCAAAAUCUGAAGCUAAGAGGAAAUUAGAGAAAAAACAAGCUAAGAAGGGGAAAAAGUGAAGAAUUAUAUCCAAAGUUGAAAGCUUUUUGGAAGAAAGCUGUUCAAUGGAUAUUUUGUCCUUUUUUUUUUUGAAUAAAUGAUAUUUUGUCCUUUUAAAUUGUCAAGACCUGUGCCAAAUAUAUUCCUCUGAAUUUGCAAAAUUGAUUCUCAUGAUGGGAUUUCUAA